GUUUCGAACUUUCCUUGAUUUUUUUUUUCCUGAAAUCGCUGCUUUCGAAGGCAAUAUGAGACCCAUUUUCUGUGGAAACUUUGAGUAUGAUGCACGUCAGUCUGAUUUGGAACGACUCUUCAGAAAAUUUGGGAGAAUCGAAAGAGUAGAUAUGAAGUCUGGUAAGUAUUGUUUCUCUAUCUACAUUAUUGAUUAUUGGUUCCAUGUGAGAAUUUGGGCUUCAUUCCCCUGCCCCCUCUUUUAGUAUAUUCUUUCAUGCUAUUGGUGCAAUUUGGCUGGACGUGUUGGUUGUAAAGGUGUCAAGAGUAUUUUGAGCUUGAAAAGCUGUUUCUUAUUGAAUAUGGCACAGUGAAAAAUCUAUUCCACAUGGUUUUUAUCUUCACUAUGCAAAUGGGGACAAGCUGGGCUUUUUAUUCUGAACUUGAGUUGCUCAAUAAGAUAAUUGUUUGACGAAUUUUUUAAGUAGCAGCUGUCUGUUUCUGAUUUCAGUAAUGGAUAAGUAUAUAUACAAGUCAGAGGUUACAAAAAAUGAGCGAUUGUUUAUUUAGAAUUAGGAGCUUCCUUUGUUGGGACUUUAAGUCAUUUCGAAUCUACAGAUGAAGAUGGGGUCCAGGAUAUAGUCUGUGUGAAUAUAUACUGAGUUUUAUGCAUUAUUCAACAUGAUAGGUUAAAAGCAAUCUAUAGUGAGACAGGCUUUUAUGCGAUUUCAUUUCCAAUUUCUCCCUCACUUUAAAAAAAAAAAAACGAUAGUCUUGAUACUGUAUUUAAAAACUAGCUUUCAUUGAACGCUUACCCCAAGUAUAACAUUCUUUGAUUGUAUAUGUCUGUAAAAAUUAAAAUAUGGAGCAAUUUGUAUGCACAUAUCGCAAUGAGAGAAGUUCCUGCAGCAAUGAGCAAUGUCAAGUUCCUACUCCUCGUCCAUUAAGGUGUUGGUCCCUAUCAUGCUGGCGGUGCAGCAGUAUGACCUCAUAAUACACGACUCAGCAGCAUCAGUCAUCCUUUGUUGAGUUUUACUGGGGGUCCAGGAUGUUUAAGGGAAAAAGCAUUUUUGAAAAAUAAGCCCCCAUACUCAACAUUUUCUUUGGCGCAGGAUUUUCUUGGGAUGUAAUGGAGGAGCUCCUCAGAAUUCUGUUUCAUGCCUGUGACGAGCUUCCUCUUCUUGCUUUCAAGAAGAGUCACUCUAAUCCCCAAUGGCAUCGUCAUCCCUCAUUUUCCUCGGGCAUUUUUUCCUUUCAUUCCUCAUGACUUUUUCCCAGCCUCAAAUUCAGACAUGUUUCAAGGUAAAAACAUUACUGACCUCAUGGCAGAGGCUGCAGAAAAUAUGGAGAAGGCACACUAAUUCCUUGACCCACGUGAGACAUCCAAUUUUGGAUUCUUGUUCCUUGACAUCACUUAGUUCAUCACACAAGGAUUUGCUUUCAUCUAUAUGGAAGAUGAGAGAGAUGCUGAAGAUGCCAUCCGAGCACUUGAUCGAACAGAAUUUGGUCAGAAAGGACGUAGGCUUCGUGUUGAAUGGACAAAGCAUGAGCGUGGCAUUAGAAGGCCUGAGGGUGGGGGUGGUGGAUCAAGAAGAUCUGCAGCAAACACAAGACCUUCAAAGACUUUAUUUGUCAUCAAUUUUGAUCCUUAUCACACUCGAACUAGGGAUUUGGAAAGGCACUUCGAGUCAUAUGGAAAGAUAGUAAGUGUAAGGAUCAGAAGGAAUUUUGCAUUUGUACAAUAUGAUUCCCAAGAUGAUGCCACCAGAGCUUUGGAGGCUACAAAUAUGAGCAAGCUGAUGGAUAGAGUUAUUUCAGUUGAAUAUGCAGUACGAGAUGAUGAUGAUCGUCGAAAUGGAUGUAGCCCUGAGAGAGGUCGUGAUAGGUCACCUGAGAGAGGUCGUGACAGGAGACGAUCUCCAAGUCCCUUCCGAAGAGAGAGGGGUAGCCCCGAUUAUGGUCGUGGCUCUAGUCGUAGCCCUUAUAGGAAGGAGAGGGGGAGCCCUGAUUAUGGUCGUGGCCACGGUCCGAGUCUCUAUAAGAGAGAUAGAGGUAGCCCUGAGUAUGGCCAGAUCACCAGCCGUAGUCCUCAGAGAAGAGAGAGGACCAGCUCUGACCAUGCUCGUGGCUCUAGCCGAAGUCCUUACAGGAAAGAGAGGGCUAGCCCUGAGAAUAUCCAAGGCUCUAGCCGCAGUCCUUAUAGGAAAGAGAAGCGUAGUGCUGAAAAUGAUCGUAGCCCCAGUCGCAGUCCAUAUAGAAGAGAGAGGCCCACUUCUGACAAUGGUCGUGCACCCAGCCAUAGCCCAUAUGGAAGAGAGAGAGUUAGCCCAGAGAAUGGCCGUGGUAGCAGCCCUGGUUCUAUGCCAGAAAGAAGGGCCAGCCCUUAUGGUGGUGAAGCCGAAAGCCCAGUCAAUGAAAGAUAUGGAAGUCAAUCUCCUGCAGCAGAGGAAUGAUUAGGAUCUAGAGAAAGCAUUUAAAGGAGGAACCUUCGUCUUCAUGGCAGAACUCAGUUGGAAGUGUUUUUAUUUGCUUUUCUUUGGUGACGAAAACUGUUUCGGCAAUUACAUUUAGAGCUGGAUUCUGACCUUUUGCUGUAGCGUGUAGUUUUAAAAGCCUAGAUUUCUAGUUAGGUGCAAAUGGAUAUAUAUCCUGUUUACUUUGAACUCGAAGUAAUAUGUUUUAUGUACUCGAUUUCCCAACUUUUUUGUUUUUUAUGUCUGAUUUGAUUUCAUUAGCUACCCCUACUUGUUUAUCAA